CAUCCUCUCCACAGGAUGACAGAAACAUUGCAGUUCAACUCCACCUUCCUACGCCCCGCUUUCUUCAUACUGACCGGCAUCCCAGGAUUGGGGGCUGCACAGGCCUGGCUGACACUGGUGUUUGGACCAAUGUACCUGCUGGCACUGCUGGGUAAUGGAGCACUGCUGAUGGUGCUGUGGAUAGACUGCACACUGCACCAGCCCAUGUUUCUACUCCUGGCCACAUUGGCAACCACAGACCUGGGCUUAGCCACAUCUAUAGCCCCGGAGCUACUGGCUGUGCUGUGGCUUGGGCCCCGGCCUGUGCCUUAUGCUGCCUGCCUAGUCCAGAUGUUCUUUGUGCACGCGCUGACUGCCGUGGAAUCCGGUGUGCUUCUGGCUAUGGCCUGCGAUCGUGCUGUGGCUGUGGGGCGUCCACUGCGCUACCCUACCUUAGUUACCAAAGCCCGUGUGGGCUACGCAGCCUUGGCCCUGACACUGAAAGCUGUGGCUAUUGUAGUGCCUUUCCCUCUGCUGGUGGCCCGAUUUGAGCACUUCCAUGCCAGAGUCAUCCACCAUGCCUACUGCGCACACAUGGCGGUCGUAGAGCUGGUGGUGGGUAACACACGGGCCAACAACUUGUAUGGACUGGCCCUUUCCCUGGCUGUCUCAGGCAUGGAUAUUGUGGGCAUCGCUGGCUCCUAUGGGCUCAUUGCCCAUGCUGUGCUUCGACUACGCACUCACGAGGCCCGUUCCAAGGCCUUCGGUACCUGCGGUUCUCAUAUCUGUGUCAUUCUGGCUUUCUACGUGCCGGGGCUCUUCUCCUACCUCACACACCGCUUUGGCCGGCACACUGUCCCAAAGCCUGUGCACAUCGUUCUCUCAAACAUCUAUUUGCUGUUGCCACCUGCUCUCAACCCCAUCGUCUACGGAGCCCGCACCAAGCAGAUCAGGGACCGACUCCUCGAAGUGGUCUUGUUCAGAAAAAAACAAUUCUAA